CUUAUGAAUUACAAGAUGGCGGCGCCCAUCCUGAGAGGCGUGAGAGGUCAGGGCUGGGGUUUGUGCAGUUUCGGAUAUCGCCAGAUGUUCCGGAGAGAGAUCAGUUUCAAAUUAGAUGAGAAAACAGCCCACAGCAGCUUGGAUUUAUUCAAAAAGGACACUGGGGUCCUCUAUCGCAUGCUGGGAAUUGACCCCACCAGAGUGCCUCAAAACCCUGAACGCUUCAGAGACUGGGCUGUAGUUUUGGGUGACACCACCAUCUCCAGGGGCUGCCAUUACUGGGAAGUGACUGUGAAACGAUCACAACAGUUCCGCAUUGGGGUGGCAGAUGUGGACAUCUCCCGUGAAGUGUGCAUAGGAAUGGAUGACAAUUCCUGGGUCUUUGCCUAUGGGAAUCGCGGCUGGAAUGCCAUGUUUGCUAAUGAAACCACUCCAAUCACUAACAUUGGCCAACCAGAAAGAGUCGGCCUAUUCUUGGACUAUGACCGCAAAAGAUUCAGCUUGAUAGAUAUACGACAACACAUGUUUAUCCACAAUACGUCGCCAGAGUUCCGAGGUCCGGUGGUGCCUGCCUUUGCCCUCUGGGAUGGUGAAUUGCUCACUCACUCAGGCCUGGAUGUACCCGAGAAGCUCAAGCAAAAUUGAAAUCUAUUCAAGAGUAUUGAUACUGAGAUUUUUUUUUUCUGUUUCCUUGCCUUUUAUGAGUGAAAUUUGGCAUCCUUUACUUGUGCCAUAUUUAUCUUGCACUGCUAUUUUGGUUUUGUCAGGAAAGGGUUGCUUAAAAAAAUGAGCUUUCUUAAGGCAGCAAUUGUUUAUGUAAUCAAUUGCACCAUUUGAUACCUUACCUCAUAGGCCUCUAGUUCUGUAGGAGUCAGGACAUUCUCUUUUCCCACUAUGUUGCAGAACCAUUCCAGAAAUUGUUCUGCCUCAGGACAGUCAAAGAGCCAGUCAGUCAUUACCACAAAGAGUCUUGGGGUAGACGGUUUACAAGACUUCUACAAAUUCUGUUCCUGUCAAUGGCCUCCAUCAGGAAAGCUCUGGAGCAACCAUUCCAGAAAUUGUUCUGCCUCAGGGCCAUCAAAGAGCCAGUCAAAGUCAUUCCCACGAAGAGUAGUUGCCUUGGGAUAGAUGGUUUUCAAGAUCUCUACAAAUUCUGUUCCUGUAAAUGACCUCCAUCAGGAAAGCUCUGGAGCAUCUCUGUGUGAAUAUGUUUGGAUUGUUCCUCUAACGGACCACUUUAUGCCUAUCAAAAUGGAAAUCUCCUUCAAAUAUCUGAAAGCUUGAGCAAAUACUUCUAACAGGAAAAGGAAAUCUUAAAGAUUUCCAUUUUGAUAAGAACAAUGAUUUUUAACACAAAGGAUCUAUUGCCUCCUGCUGGUGGGGUCGGAGGACAAAAUUAGCUUGGAAUUAAGCAGAUGGCAUCUCAGGACCAGUGAAAAUCCAACUCUCCUGAAUUCAUAAACAAUACUGUGCACAAAUUAAUGUAGGAAUUACUUUAUUAAUACCAGCCCCAGAUUAUCCUGUGUUAGAUUGGUUGAAAGAACAAGAAUCGACCCAAUAUACAUCUGCAGUUACAUAUAUUCAUCAAAAAGGAAUGAUAAAGAAUUUGCUUCAGUUUAUUAGAAUCACCAUAAUUAAAAUUAGCUGAAAUCAACAAAUAUUUAAGCAGUGUUUUCUUUUUCUUGGUGUUGGAUGUAGCAAGAGCAGUUCUGUAUACUGUGUAAAAAUAAAAGCAUCUAAAACAAAA